CUUGGAAAAAAGUGGGAUUUAAAGAAGUUUCUUACAAGAUAUCCAGCAGAAUCGUGCCGUGAGUGUUUAAUGCUAGUCCACCUUCCCUCAGCCUUCUCUUGGAUUUCUCCUCCCGCAGACAGGACCUCUCAGCACUAUGGUUCUGACACAUGACGGAUGGGAGAAUAAGGGUUUGCAGGAUUUGUUUCUUCUGCUUAUAAAACUCAGUUAUAGUCCACAUCUUUGCUUUUACAACCUUGCAUAUGUCUAUAGCCUAUUUCAGACUGGAGAGGCACUUUUUAUUCAUUUCACCUCUGGCAGAGCGCAGAGUAGACUCAGAGGAUGAAAGACUCGGAGCAAACAGGACUGCUCCCUCUUCUUCUUUUAACCAAACGGGUCAAUUAAUUCCGAACAGACUGCGCUUUAAUACAAUGACGGCCUGGCAGAAGGCAACAGGGCUUUAGGAUGAAAGUUGUGAAGCGUCUUUCUCUUCUGCUCAGCUGCUGGACUCUUAUUUACCUGCAUCCCGUCCUCGGUUCACUCAGCUGGACCAGACCGACCGAGCUCCACCACCACCGGCUUGGAGAGGCAGCAGAGCGCGCGGCAGGCGGCGGGGAAGGAGAGCAAGCGCACCGGCGGACCGGCGGAGGAAUCGGUGGCUCUACAGCAGCCGCGGGGAGGCAACCGGUGACCGCUUCUGGGACGUGGAAACCCUCACCGGUGAGUCCGGCGAGGAUUACGCGGAUCCGCGCAGGCCCGCCGUUAAUCAAGGGCGAACCUACUGUUAAUAAAAACAAACUUACAGCGGCGACAUCUGCGUCCUCGUCCUCGCCGCCGCGCAGCGGGGUCGUGCCGGUGAACCGGUCACAGCUGCAGCAGCAGCACCGGGACAGAGCAGUCAGCUUAGGGCGCAAAGAGGCUGUGCGCUCCUGGCUGCCCGCCGGGGAUGUUCACGUUAAAGCGCCAGCUCCUGCGGCUUUUAGCGCGCAUGCAGCGGGGAAAGGGGUCGGGACUCCCGGAGGUGGAAGGGGUGGCUCACCGGGGAAACAUUUUGGGAAAGUUGCUUCCAGAGCGAGCGCGGCGGCUCCAGUGCGCACCGGGUCUCCGCAAAGAGCCACCGGUGCGCAAAAGCAGCCGCAGCACGCGGGUCCGGUGGCGCAGCGGGGAGCCAACAACAAGGCCCUGAAACCGAGCGACCGGGAAGCGCAUCACAAACAGCCGCUGGUUACUCCUCACGACUACAUGCUGUCGCUGUACUGGUCUCUCUCCACCGGGGACCUGAACAGCAGCGCCCUGCAUGAAGCGGGUCUGGCCAACACCAUCACCAGCUUCGUGGAUAAAGGCCAAGAUGAGCGUGGGCCCCAGCUGAGACGGCAGAGGUAUCACUUCAACAUCAGCUCUCUGGAACGAGACGGGCUCCUGGGGGCCGAACUACGCAUCCUGAGGAAGCGCCUGUCUGACCCCCGCAGAGCCUCAAUGGGAUCCACAGCCGCUGACGGAGGAGGAGGGGGUGGAGGAGGCUCGUCCCCGUGCCUGAAGCUGUAUACCUGUGCGUCAGGUAAACAACAGGCUGUUCUGCUUCAGAUGAAGACCGUGGAGGAUCUGCUCAGUGGAGCCGGAUUAACCAGCAAAUGGGAAGUGUUUGACAUAUCGAAGGCCUUCAAGGGCUUCAAAAACCAGCAGAACCAGCACACCCAGCAGCUGUGCUUUGAACUUGAGGCCCUGGAGCACAGAGGCGGUCGCCCCAUGGACCUGCGCACUCUGGGGUUUGCGCGACCCGGCAGAACCAACAAGGAAAAAGCCUUCUUCCUGGCAUUUGGCAAAAGCAAGAAGCGUGACCUUUUCUACAACGAGAUCAAAGCGCGGUCCGGCCACGAUAACAAAACUGUCUAUGAAUACCUGUUCACCCAGCGACGAAUGCGGCGAGCUCCUGCUGCAAGGGGGGCUAAAAAACCUCUGCAGCAUCAGCCACAGCUGCAGUCUCUCCCCCAACAUCAGGUGCUGAAGACACAGACGAGACCGCGGUGUCACCGGAGACGACUCCAUGUGAACUUCAAGGAGAUGGGUUGGGACGACUGGAUCAUAGCGCCGCUAGAGUAUGAGGCCUUUCACUGCGACGGCGUCUGCGACUUCCCUAUCCGCUCGCACCUCGAACCGACCAACCACGCCAUCAUACAGACCCUAAUGAACUCCAUGGACCCGGAGUCGACGCCGCCAACCUGCUGCGUCCCGACACGACUCAGCCCAAUCAGCAUACUCUACAUCGACUCGGCCAAUAACGUCGUCUACAAGCAGUACGAGGACAUGGUGGUGGAGUCGUGUGGUUGCAGGUAGCAAAGAAUGGCGAGACAGGGAAAGAAAGACAACGCCUGCCCUUCAGGAAGGAUUGUUUGUUAAUAUUAUGAUCAGACCUAAAAUGGGAAGAUCAACACUGAGAAAAACAGUUCUUACUUCAGCUGACUGUGACCGAACUCACUGCUAUGCAACAGACAUUACUCUUCACACUCAAGUGGACUAUCAGACUGCAUACCAAAGACUGCUAAAGACUAAACAGAGAAAACUAAACUCAUGGAGGUGAUGCUCUUUAACACCCACUCACUGUGUAAUGUUGAUGUUGGUGGUGAAGAGAGAGAUGCAUCUGAAAGAAGCCAAAAACAACCAGAUAACAGAGACACUUUAAGAUUUAAAAAAGACUGCUCUCACAUUAGACUCAAAUAGAGUUGUACUGCUUUUGUUUCUCUCUUCAGAUUUGUAUCUUUGUCCUGGUGUAAAAAGUUUGCGUGUAACAGAAAUGCUAUUGAAACAUUAGUGAAUUAUACUCACAAAUGCCCUUUUUCCAGCACUUAUUUGCCAUUGUGCCUUUGCCCAUUCAGAUGUACAAUGAAGAGUAAUCUGUGGCCUUAUCCAAGACGUUUUUUUAUGAAGCAUGUAAAGAAUUUCUGAUGUAUAAAUACAGGCCAGUGAUGAAGUGCUAAUCUGACCUGCUCCAAAUGUGGGAAAGUUGCAUAAACUACUCUUGAAUAAAAAAUGUCUAAUUGACUGAGCUCCAAACUCCUAUCAGUGUGAACCUCUGCCCCCCCAGGCUCUGUAGACUAAACUAUCAAAGGAAUUUGUACAAUUUUCAGAAGCCAAAUCGCAAUUUAACCCAAGAAUGACUGUGUGUGAUUUGGUUUUUAAGUGUUUCCAUGGUCGGCUUCACAAACUGCUGCAAGAAGUCAGGUGAUGAAAUGAGUUAACAGGUAUUAAAAAGGAAUGUCUAUCAAUUACUGUCUUUUAAUUAAUUGCAUCCAGGAACUUGAAGGUAUAUUAUUAUUUCUACAUUUCAUUUAAGGUGAUCAUUACCCAUUCCCUUUUGGCUAUUUUUUUAGAAACUUCUCAAACCACUUUUGUGGCAUAUUACACAAUGUCUGUUGUCCAUUCAUAUGCUAAUGAUCUCCAAAAACACUAUUAUUGUCACCAAAAUUUAGCAAAAUGCUUUUUCUUUUGGUCUCUAUCCUCAUGCAUGACCAUGGAAAACUCGUUAGUUGGCAUGUGGAUUCAUUUGCGGUUGGAAUAGAGAUUAAGACCAACAAAAGGAGCAGGAAGACAGCGCUAACCAGCACACAGCAGUAUGUGAAGCCAUCAGACGCUAUUUGUGGUGUCUUUAUUGUGUCUUGCCAGAAUUUCAUCUUUAGUUUUCACCCAAAA